AUGGGAAGUGUGUUUAGUUCCAUGUUCAAUCGUCUUUGGGGUGGGAAAAAAGAGAUCAGAAUAUUGAUUUUGGGUCUUGAUGGUGCAGGAAAAACUACAAUUUUAUACAAGUUACAGCUUGGAGAAGUUGUGAAGACAAAACCAACAAUUGGUUUCAACGUAGAGACACUAAAAUAUAAGAACAUAGCUAUCAAUAUGUGGGAUCUUGGAGGGCAAACAUCUAUAAGGCCAUAUUGGAGAUGCUAUUAUGCGGAUACGGCGGCAGUUAUAUUUGUGGUUGAUUCUACGGAUAAAGAGAGAAUGGUGGUUGCAAAGAAAGAGUUACAUACCAUGCUCAAGGAGGAUGAACUUUCGGAUAGUGCCCUUCUCGUUUUUGCAAACAAACAAGAUCAACCCGGAGCAAUGACAGCAGCCGAAGUUUCUAAAGCUCUUGGAUUGGCCGAAUUAAAGGAUAGAAGCUGGAGUAUUGUUUCAAGUAGUGCAAUAAAAGGUGAGGGUCUCACGGAGGGACUGGAUUGGCUGAUUGACGUUAUUAAAGAAGAGCAGAUGUAG